AUAUCAUUCACGAGGUGUGCAACGUGGUGAUGUUGAGAAAUGUACAUUGGAAUUUAUCGAUUUCUUAUAAUUACCGAACCUUAACGGCACCUCUGCUAAUAAUGUUAAUGGAAUUUCGCACGAUUAAUCAUUUACCAUGUCAUUUUCAUAUUAAAAUUAAUUAAAAGUUAUAUAUUACUUUUACGAUUAAAAAUACGUUUUUCUCUAUAUAGAAGAGUUGUUGAUGCAUAAUCAGCUAUAUAAAUUGACAUAAAUAAAAAAUUACCAUCGAUUGUAAUUAAUUUUUUUAAGUGUUAUUAGCAUACAAAAAAAUAUAACCUAUUAAAUUAUUUUUCUCAAGUGUUUCAUAUUUUUGUCACUAAUUGUUGCUUAUAUCAAGUGAACAUAUAAAAUAUUGAUGAGCAGGCAACCGGCAUGCAUUCAACCUUCUGUGUGCGCAAACAGGUAAAAAAUAUAUAUUCUGAACACGUGUCUUAAAAGAAAGAGAAUUCACAUAUGAUUUGUAACGCUUCAUCGCUUCGACCUAGCGUAUUUGUCAAUGUUUAAAGGAGAGGAAACGGAAGAAGAAAUAUAUGUCCUGACUACGCAAUCAUCCACGAAGUUAUGUCCGCUUCUUGUCAAAGCUCGUUCAAACUUCCGUCCAGUCUGGCGAAACAACAAGCUAAUUUAAAAUUUCCCGAUGCAGAGAGUAGUUUGUAAAAACUGUGCCAGCGGCGUCGCAUGAAGAAUCAAGAAGAGCCGACGGUCCACCCAUUAAGCGGAUAGAGAGAGGCGGGAUUAUUCCUCUCUGCAAAUCCACGGUCUAAUAGUUCGCAAAUAAAACAAAAUGCAAAUUGAACUUCAAUCCACUCCUACGAAGCGCUGCUUGGUUAAACUUACCUUUAAGAAAAAUAAACUUUGACUCACGUAGCCGCCUUCAAGCGUUUUAACGCUCACUUCGCGCUCUUUUCCGAUCUUAAUUAGCUGAUGAAGUACGAUGUAAAUAUCCGGGGAUGUAUGCAAGUAACAAGCACAAUCUGUGCGCAAUUACAUUUCUGUUUGCUUGCGAUCUUUAAUCUUUACAAAUUUCCACAAAUACAAUGACGUAUGUGGUACUCGAUUCAAAUGAAUAUACGUAAUGUAUGAUUUGUAAAAAUAUAAGAAUUAAAAUAAUAGAUAAGAGACAUCAAAGCUAUACGUACCUGUUGUACGCUAAUUAUAACACAUGCUACAUUGAGAGAAAAGUUCUUGACUUUUUAAAUUAAAUUUAAAUUUUGUCACACAUCAUUAAAAAAAUAAAUAUUUAUACAUUUAAGUAUAUUUAUUUAAUUUCAUAUAAUUUUAAACAUUAUUAGUCAAGUUAAUUUUCUUUUUUCAAGUACAGAUUGCGAGGAAUGACAUGUUGUAGAAGCUUAUCGCUAUGUAUCACUCAUCUCUAUCUAAGUCUCAAUCGAAAUAUUAUGUAUACAAGAAAUAUUAUGUAUACAAAAUUACACCAAUGAACGACCGUGUCGGCAAGCGUUGGUGCUGCCGAUUAAACUCCGUUAGUUGUAAAGAGAGUUGCAGGGAAAAGUACAUUACGAAGACGCGACCGCGAGAAAUGGCAUGAUCGCACGCAAGAGAGUCUGAACGAUGCGAGUCUUUCCUCGAGUAUUACGCCGUAAUUCGUAGCAAAUGGUGCAAAGCGAAAUAGCGUUUCUCGUACAAAUACAUCGCGAUACAACGUGAAGCGAAUAAUGCGUCGCGCAACUUGCUCCGACAACAACGGAAUAUUAGAAUACGAGAAUCGCCAUAUUUCCGCCGGGCAUGUCCAAACUACAGAGCCAAUGUCCUCAAUAGUAACAACUCACGGAGCGUAUCGCAUUCAAGAGAAAUUAAUUUCCCUUAGAAUAUAUCCAAAUUAGGUGACCGAGUCCGUGUAUUCAAUUGAACCAAUAAAGCCUACCAGCUAUUCUGACUAUAUUGCAAUUAUUUUCAUUUCACAGCUGCAUUUAAACUUGAUUACAUUGUGCUUCUCUUUCUCUCUCUCUCUCUCCUCCGUGUUUCAAAAUUCUGAAAAUCAUAAAAAAUAAUAUUGCCGCAAAUGUAACAUUCGAGGUACUUGCGAGAAACAAUUAUAACUAUUUAAAUUUUAAUUAAAAAAUUUUUUUAAUAAUUAUGGCUGGUAAUAAAUUAAAACGUCACAUACAUAUAUAUAUAUAUCAUAUAUCUUGAAAUAGUAGUUACAUUAUCCAAGUAGAACACUUCCUGGAAAAAAUUUAUGUUUCCCGCUAAUUGAUCAAUACCAAUGAAAUUCACGUACGUUAAAUACCUUCGUUUGUUCUUUCAAUGGAUUACAACAUUAGGGACACGAUCCCAUUUCGGAGAAUGUUCAUUUUUUUUAUAGUGAGAGUUAUCGAUAACGCCAAUGGAACAGUUAUUUGGUUUUUUCUUCUUUUCGUAAAAAAAUUGUAGAUAUUUUAAAACUGAACCAAACGAACAAUCAAACGGUGUGAUAUAAAAAAUAGAUAGGCAAGAGAUGAAUCUGAAACUGUGAUGGUAAAACUGAUAUUAUUAUUUUAUUAGCAACACAGCGCUUUUACUUUUGUACCAUAACAAUACAAUAUUUAUUAUUAAACUUAAAAUACUUUUUAAAGUGUUACUGGCAAUAGAUUUUACACGUGGCAAAUAAUCUUAUCAGAUAAGUCUAUUUCAACAGCCAUUGCAAGAGAAACGCAUAAAACUGAGCAACUCAAAUUAAAAAAAAACUCUAUUACUUGUUAUACAAUAUGUUUAUUUAAAAAGAAAGAGGAAGAGAGAGAGAGAGAGAGAAAAUUACGAGCACAGCGACUGGCUUAUGUAGCCAGUCAUUAUUUCGUGAUGAGGGCCGAUCGAUCGGGCGAGUCGGAAGACUCGCCUACAAACCCGCCGGAUGUUCGCCAAGCGUAAGGAGCAAAUAUAUAUUAAAAAUAUAUAACAAGCAAACGCAGUCUUUGAAACAUUGUUCUCCAUUAUUCUUUGAACAUAUCCAUCAUGAGCGAAAUAAAAGUACAAGUCGCUGAAGGGAUAUUGACCGGUAUUGUCGAAGAUAGAUAUAAUAUUCGUUACUUUGCUUUUCGUGGAAUACCAUAUGCCAAGCCUCCAAUUGGUGAACUCAGAUUUAAGGAUCCAGUACCAGCAAAACCAUGGUCCGGUGAUAGAGACGCCUCGAAGAACGGAAACAUGGCCGUUCAAAUAAAUCUUUUCACACACGCAAUUGAAGGCGAUGAAGAUUGUCUUUAUUUAAAUGUAUACACCACAAAAAUCGAACCAUUGGAAAAGCGUCCGGUAAUGGUGUGGGUACACGGUGGUGGCUUUUUUAUAGGUUGCGGUAAUGCAAUCUUUAAUGUCGAGCAAUAUCCCGAUUAUAUCAUAGAGAAAGAUGUCGUAUUGGUUAGUUUAAAUUAUAGAUUAGACGUUCUAGGUUUUUUGAACCUCAAUGAUAAAGUGGCAUCGGGUAAUCAAGGUUUGAAAGAUAUAGUUUUGGCGUUAAAAUGGAUUCAAAAAAAUAUAUCAAAAUUCGGUGGAGAUUCAGAAAAUGUCACUAUUUUCGGUGAAAGUGCUGGUGGAGCCAUCGUACAUUGUCUAGCUUUGUCUCCAGUAACUAAAGGUUUAUUUCAUAAAAUUAUUGCACAAAGUGGCGUUGCCACAAAUCCUUGGGUUUUAACUGAAUGGAAAAAUAAAACAACGAACAAAAGUUUUCAACUUGCUGAAAAGCUUGGAAAGACAACAUCAGAUCCAAAGGUCGCAUAUGAGUUUCUAAAAACAAUUGACGCGAAGAAACUCAUAGAAAAUUCAUACAUGUUAUUUGCCGCAGAAAGAUUAAGUUUUGAACUACAUUUUACACCCAGUCUUGAUUACGAGUCAUCAGAUCCUUUUUUUCCUGAACAUCCAAAGGAAUAUAUAAGCCGUGGAAUUAAAAUGCCUUUUCUUUUAGGGCUUACUCGUAAUGAAGGGUUAUUUUUUACAAGUAGCAACAUUUUCGGAGAAAUAAGCAUGGAACAGCUGGAACAAAUAAAUGCUAAUUUUAAAAAAGCAAUACUACCAAAAGUAUUAUCCAAAUUACCUGAAAUAGGAAUCACAGUUAACGAAUUAAAAUCCUUAUAUUUUGGAAAAAAUAAAAUGUCAAAGGAAACUUUGAUAAAUUAUGCAAAUUUCAAAGGAGAUGAAUUUUUCGUACGCGGUAUAAUGGAUGUACUUCAAAUACAAAAAUCUACUGGUAGUUACAAAUCGACAUAUCUAUAUCAUUUCAAUUAUGAAAGUAAUACUUCUCCUAUGAAAACAGUACUACAACUUGAACUUCCAGGUGUGUGUCAUACUGAAGAAAUAUUUUUCCUAUUUCGUCCAGAAAUUAAGAACAAAUUUAACUUAUCGUUACCCAAACGUAAUUCAGAAGAUUACAAAAUAAUAAAUCAUCUAACGCAAAUGUGGACGGAUUUUGCUAGAACAGGAAAUCCAACGCCCAUUACAAAUUUAUGGUUACCAUUAAGCGGUCCACAAAACAAAGACUAUAAUUAUUUAAAUAUUGAUAUAAAUUCACAAAUGAAAAUCUUUCGUCACGGAAAGGAACGCUGGGAUUGGGAAAGUUACAAUAAAAAUUAAUAAUAUUCUAUCUUUGCUGAAGUAUAAUCUGAUAAAAUUUAAUUUCUUUAUCAAAA